UAUGGCAUUUCAUCCCUUAUAAAUACCCCUAUAUCCUCACUGUAUCACCUCACACAUAACACCUUCGAUAAUCUACAGGACUGAUCGAAUUUUAAUUCUUCAUUCUAGUUUUUGUAUACUUUUUGUUUGAAUUGCAUAAUUUUGCUGAAGGACUCUGUUGAUCGAAAGUCAUUCAGAUAUAGGAGUAGGACAAUUUAUUGUCCAAAAGCAAGCAAGAGAGAAUUUGCAGAUAUUUGCUUGGAGAAAAAUUUGAAGUUUAUAUAUGUUUUGUUGCAGGAAGGCAAUCACAAGUUAAAGUCUGGUUCUCAGGGGUGUAACAAAGUUGAGUCGAUGCACUGUGCUGCUUGAACUUAAAACCUGAACAAAUAAUGUUUGAUUUCAUACGAGCUCUGCUCGACAGUUUAACUUGACUUGAGAUGGACUUGGUUAUCUUUAAUUUGGAUGAAUAUGAGCCAAGCUUGAGAUCGACCACUUCUGAAUUUAAAUUUGGUUGCUCUGAAUGGAAAGCCUUUUCAUGCCAAAUGAGUUGGUUAUAUGAAUCCUUUUAUGUUAUUUACUUCUUACUUAUAAAAGUCUAAUGCAUUAGUAUGCAUAAAUAAUGUAUAUUGAACGAUAAUCCAAUAUUUUAAAGUAAAUUAUCUAGUGAGUUGUAGUAGUCAUGAGCAGCUCGAUUUGUUUGCACCCCUCAGAAUUGGCAAAGUCAGCGUUAAGUGCGGAGCAACUAAUUUUGAGAGAAAGUACUCGAUGGCAGAGACCUUCUCAUGCAAUUGCCAAAAUAAUUGGAGAAGCAGCUUGUGAGGCGGAGGAUUUGUUGGCUAACAUGGAGCAAGGAGCAUCAGAACCUCUGCUAGAUUCCUUUCUUCCAGUCAUGAAGGCACUAAUUUCUUAUUCUCUUUUGAAACAUUCUGUUGAGGGUAUAAGAGUUUUUGUAACAUGUUGCCUCACUGAGCUUUUGAGGAUAAGUGUACCUCAAGAAAUGUUCAAUGAUGACCAGAUGAAGGUGAUUUUUGAGUUAAUUGUGGAGGCAAUUUUGAAGUUAUCUCAGGCAUCCGGGCAAUAUUAUGAAAAGGCCCUCUCCAUACUUGAGACUGUUGCACAGGUCAAAGCAUGCCUUCUUAUGCUUGACCUUAAAUGUGAUGCACUAGUUGUCCAGAUGUUUCAAACUUUCUGGGAAAUCAUUAGGUUCUAUGAUGGCCUAAUUCAAUCUUAUGACCCUCUAAUGAAAAAGCACAAGGUUUUGUACGAUGAUGGGGACAAAGAAACCUUAAACCUUGAGAAGGAAAGGUGGGACUUCAUUGAGGAUGAUUUGCCAGUUGAACAUCGACAUGUGGCUGAUAAUCCCAAACCGAUUACUUCACCUGUCAUACUGAGAAAGCAGAAUGGGAAUAAAGCAGAAUGGGAAUAAAUGGGAAUAAAUG